AAUUGCCGAGAAGAUAUAUUGUACAGCCGUAACAAGUAUCAGAGACAGACAAGGACUGUUCAACUGUAACCUACGAGCUGCCAAAGUCGACUCUCUUGUCUCCCCUCUCUAGAGAUUCCAAUGAAUAAUGAAGCAAACGAUCUUGAAAAAUCAUCAGUACGAAACAACCCCACUCAAAACCUAGACCAAGAACUAAAGGAAGAAGAAGAAGAGUUGCAUAAGCUGCUUUUACCUGACAUUCGUGAUCUUCCUACCACUCCUCCCUCUUCAGUUCAGACCAACUUCGUCUCCUAUUUUGCUCCAGAUUUUGUGAAGCCAGGACACGACCAGUACGUUUAUAGGCAUGCCAAUGGGUUGUGUGUGAUUGGUUUGGCUCGGACCCAUGUGGCUUUUAAGGAUGAAGGAGGGAUAACGGUUGUUGAUUUCAAUGUUGGCAAGUCUGAUCGUAGUGGCAUUAAGGUCACCGGAAAGCGAAAGAAGAAUGCGCAGCACUUUGAGUCUAAUACUGCUCUGUGUAAAGUUUGCACCCAGAAUGAUUCUUAUAUUGUCAGAUGUUGUGUUAAAGGCUCUCUGUUGGAAGUGAAUGACAGACUAAUCAAACAGCCAGAAUUGCUUAACUCUUCAACAGACAGGGAAGGGUACAUUGCCAUUAUCAUGCCAAAGCCAGCAGAUUGGCUGAAGGUCAAAGCUUCAUUGUUGGGCCUUGAAGAAUACAAGAAACUGAGAGAAGGGAGCUGAGCUGUCAGGGGUGCUUAGGUAAGUUUUAUGGCAUUGGAGAAAAACAAGAAUUGCCGAGCUUCAUGUGGAAUUCCUCCGGUCAUCCGUUCCUUUGAUGGGCCACACCCUCCAUGUUAAUCUCCAAACCAAUUUGACGAAUUGUAAUUCUCCCCCCAUAUUGUAUCUCGUUAAAUUAUCAGUCCAUUUUAUUCCUCCACAAAUAGAAUAAAGCAGAACAGUAAAUUGGAUUGUGCUUCUUUUGCUAA